CGCCCAGGGAACAGGAGUACGCGGCCCGACGGGCGGCACUGCGAGAAAUAUGAGGAUUCGCCCGGGAUGCGCGGCUGUACUAGCGCUGCUACUGCAGGCCGUUCUUGUGGCGAGCAAAGCCGUAGUUCAAACGCAACUGCAGCAGCAAUCGCAGCAAACUCCAUACGGUACAGAAGCACAAAAACGAUGGGGAGGCGACGGUGGUGAUUAUGGCGGUGGUUAUGGGGGUGGCGAUAUCGGUGGUCACUUCGGUGGCGGUGGCGGCGGCGGUGGCGGCGACAUCGGCGGUCAUUUUGGAGGUGGCGAUGGAGGCGGUCAUUUUGGAGGUGGUGACGGGGGCGGUCAUUUUGGCGGUGGCGACGGGGGCGGUCAUUUUGGCGGUGGCGACGUCGGCGGUCACUUUGGGGGUGGUGACAUCGGAGGUCACUUAGGUGGCGGUGACAUUGGUGGUGGUCCUUCAGGUGGAGGCGGUGAUAUUGGUGGUCAUCUAGACGGAGGAGGUGACUUUGGAGGUGGCGGAGGACUCGACGCGCAUCACGGCGGCCAUGACGAUCAUCACCAUGACAAAGGGUACUGGAAGAAGAAGCUAGUUUGGAAGCCGGGCUGGAAGAAGAUCUGGAAACCGGCGAAGAAGCAGAUCUGGAAACCCGCGUGGAAGAAAAUCUAUAAGCCUAUCUGGGUGCCAACUCAGAAAGCGGUGUGGAAGGAGAUCCAAGUGCCCGCUUGGAAGAAAAUCUGGAAGCCCGUGUGGAAGGAGAUUCAAGUGCCGGUGUGGAAGGAAAUACAGGUGCCGGCUUGGAAGAAAAUCUGGAAGCCGAUUUGGGUGCCGAUCAAAGUGCCCGCUUGGAAAGAGAUCCAAGUGCCCGCGUGGAAAAAGAUCUGGAAGCCGGUUUGGAAGGAGAUUCAGGUACCGGUAUGGAAAGAAUAUCAAGUACCUGCUUGGAAGAAGCUCUGGGUCCCCGAAUGGGUGAAGGUUGGCAUACCGGGUGAGCACUACCACGGUACCGAUCAUCAUGGAUGGCAGUACACCAGUCAUGAUCUUUGGAAAAAGAAAUUGAUCUGGAAACCGGUCUGGAAGAAAUAUUGGAAAACGGCGCAAAAACAGAUCUGGGUCCCGGACAAGAAGCUCGAGUGGAAAGAGGCCUGGAAGCAGAUUUGGAAACCGGCGAAGAAGCAAAUCUGGGUGGAGGACAAGAAGCUGGCCUGGAAGGAAGCGUGGAAACAGAUCUGGAAGCCGGGCAAGAAACUCGUCUGGGUCCCCGACAAGAAGCUCGAGUGGAAGGAGGCUUGGAAGCAAAUCUGGAAGACCGACAAGAAGCUGGAGUGGAUCCCUGACAAGAAGCUCGCUUGGAAGGAAGCGUGGAAACAGAUCUGGGUGCCUGCUUGGAAAGAGAUCUGGGUGCCAGCGUGGAAGAAGAUAUGGAAACCGGUCUGGAUAUCCGAGUGGUUCCCCAGCGAGGACCAUCAUCAUCAUCAUGGCUGGGAUCGCAAGGACACGCAGGCUCAGAACACGCAAGUUGUGCCCUACAGCCCCGAGAAGGGGGUCUUGCCCCAGCAAAAGAGGCAAGCGCAGCAGCAGCAGCAGCAGCAGGGACAACAACAGGCGCAGCAACGUCCGGCGGACAGUAAUAAAGUCGCCUGGGACAGGUCAUUCCAGGCGAAUUCGCCGACGAUCACGCAAGACUUGGUACCACCGCCGGUGAAACAAAACGGAGGCCUAGCCAACUUUGCAUUCCCUAGCCGUUGAUAGAGUUAGAUUUCCGUGCAGAAUAACCGCACUGUAAUCCACAAAAAAAAAAUGCUUGUACAAACAUCUCCACCGGGAGAGUGCUGUAACAUAAGCCGCUGUAUAUAUUACAUCUUAGGAUUAAGAUAAGGUCGCGAUAAAACUUAAGUUACUCGAAAUUGCUUGACUGACGCGCUCCCUGUCCUUCGGGGUACCAUCCUUACCUUUACACGUCGUAACCAUUGUCUCUCUUUUGUUUUUUCAUUUUUUUUAUAUA